AUGGCUCGCGCAUCCUUUCCUUCUCGACGAGCUUCCAUGGGAGCGGGCGAAAACAUGAAAAUCACGCAUACCACCUUCGACGAGGCGCACAAUCAGGAUGAAGUACCCGGCAUGCGGAAACGGGCCUCGAUGGCGUCCAUCAAAGUCCGCGACUGGGCCUCCAAACGCCUGUCGAGGAAUUCAGACAUGUCACCGCAGCUGUCAUCUCAUCUGGAGGACGAGAAAGCGCCGACGACCAUGAGUCCCGGGUUCAGCGAGCCGACUUCUGCGGUGGACUUGCCUCAGAUGAACGCGUACAUCGCGACGCAGCUCCGACUUGAAGAAGAACGGAAACGUGGGCCGGAAGUGAACGCGGCUGCGAUCUUGAGCGGGAGCUUUAGAUACCUGCCCCUGCGACCUCCACCGGGACGGCCGUCGUCCACGAAAUCGAAUGAUGGCCAGCUGGCAACGACGCAUGUCAAAUUAUCUGAACGGGUAAAGGAGAAGCUGAAUAGGAGGGCGGGGCAAACCGACAGUGGCCGUAAUGUAGUAGAAAGAGGCGGCAUGGGUGAAGAUGAUCAACUGAACAAGAUAUACAUCUUGCGGAGAGCGAUGCAGGAGGGUAAACUCGAGCGUGUCGUUCCUCCUCUGAAGUCUAGGGCGCCGAUCGGGACUGUGAGUGGUAGGAGAGCACCGCCGCGGCCGGUGCGCAAUCCGUUUCAGGGGGGGAACGCUUCGCCAGCGGGUUCGGUUAUGUCAGCGCCUGAAAAGGUCAUGUCCAGCGGCAUGAGCUGGUCGGCACUGAAGAACGACGGGGGCAGCAGUCGGAGUGGCAGGAGAGGGGAGGGCAGCAAAGGCAAGGGGAAGGAGAAGGGCGUUGCUGGUCUGGUGGGCGCGGGUGCGGAUCUGUUAGAUGAGACGAGGAGGAGUAUGCAGGAGAAGGUGAGGGGGGGUUUUGAGGGGAUGGGCUAUCCGAACUUUUCGCUGGCGAGGAAGAGGAGCAGUUUGGGUGGGAAGAGGGAUGCGGAUGAGGAUUCGGACGACAGUUUUUUCUGUCCGGGGGAUGCCAAGGAGUUGAAUAAGAAGGAGGCGGAGAGGAAGGGGAAGGGGAGGGAUCAGGAGGGGAAGAGAAAGUCUAGAGGUAGAGGGGACGGUGGGAAGAGGCGAUCCGAGGUUCCUGAAGCACCUCUUAUGAAGUGUAAGCUCUGCGGCCUGGAGACGGUCAGCGGUACUAGGGGAUUGUGUUUGCUGUGUGAGGAUGAUCAUUUUGGAGCAGAGACGAAGGUCGAGACACCGACAGGCGAGAGCGAAUACCCGAGUUCGGAGUACGAAGAUGAAAUCGUAGUGAGUGAUCAGGACGAAGAUGAGAUCGAGCCCAUCCCGCCCCAAAAGGAUGUCCCAAAACCGUCGACCAGGAAAGAAAUAUCUCCACCCCUACCUCCACCACUACAAGAGCAGAACCCGAUUCGAAGAAAAGCGUCUCCGCUUGCGACACAAGAGCAGAAUCAAACUCGAGAAAUACCAAGGUCGCCGCGGUUCCAGGAAUGGAAGCCGUUGCAGAUCAGCAAGAACACCGCUCCACCACUUGGCAUGUGGGAGCCCUUGACCAUCCAGAAAAAACCGGAAAAGCCAAAAGUAAGGAACCCAUAUGAAUUCGAGGCCUCGGAUUCUGGAGACGAGACCGCUCUUGCUGUACCGCAUAAGAACAAUAUCAUCGUCGGCCUGUCCACCAAGAAUAGUCUGUCUAAAACGAACAUCACAGAUACUCCCAAGCGCCAGAGUCCGCCAAGAGCCAACAUCGAAGGAGAGGAGGAGGAAAGAGGAGGGAGGAUUGAUGUGGGUUUCCCAAUCGAUCUGGAUUCGCCGAGUAAGAGGGCUUUCGGGAGGUGGUCGGCUACUUUUGGGGAUGGAGGGGUGGAGGACGAUGGGCUGCCGAUGGUUGAGGAGAGGGACUGGGACGGGUUCAAACGGGACUCGGAGUUUUAUGGAUUUUGGGAUGAGGUGUUGAAGGAGCAUGGGGCCGCAGAUGCCAGGGGUAGGCGAGGGGGAGACGGGAGUAGGCAGUGA